UACAAUAUUGUGUACCGCAUGACAGCAAUGAUAGCACACUGUACACAGGUAGUAUCAAUGUAUGCUCUAUAACCACCGCCAUAAUGAAAUCACUGAUUUCGAUAUGUAUGGUUGCUUGGACGGUAACUGUUGUGUCGUGUAAGACGCCACAUAUCCCUGUAACAUGUAAGAAAAUAUCGCCAUGUGUAUGCAGAGAUGAAACUGGUAAAUAUGUCGAUCUCCGAUCUCUCGCUAAGAAAAACGGAGCACCAAAGUUUCUGGAUUAUCCAACGGCUGGUGGUGACAGUAACCUUUACUCCUUUAAUCCUUGCUACGGCUUCAACGAAGGCGAGAACAACAGCUUAUGCCGGAAUGUGUCGGUCUGCCAAGCGAACAAAGACAAGACACGAUUUAUGGCAAUCGGUGAACAGGAUACUGCACAAUUCAGCCACGGAGACAACGGGAAUCUAUCGUUAGUGUUUGGAUCAUCUCUGAACAGAUACAAAAUCACGACGUUUGUAAUCUUGUACUGUGCUGAAGAUGUUGAAGACGGUUAUUUCAGAGUUAUUGGCGACAUUGGGAAUCAUUCCUAUUGGCUCCAACUGAGAAGCAAACAUUGCUGUCCAAAGAACGAAAGUGAAAUUAAGGAUUUGGAUGAGCUUUUAGGAGUCAAUAAUUCCUGGGAAGAAAUGACCAUGCCCACAAUGACUUCACAUUCUGUUGUGACAAUGACCACUUCGCCGGACAUACCAGGCUCUAUCGAUGUCAUCGUCGUCAUCCUUUUCUGCAUAUUAGUGGUAGCUGUCAUGAUACUUGCGGCCUUGGCUGGGGCAGUGUUAUACUACAGAGCCAGGCACCCGAUGUUUGGUAAAAACGUGUACUACCAUCCCGUGGACAAUGAUGACGAGGAGUAUGAUGUUCAUUUCGAUCAACUAAGCACAGAAAGAGGAAAGGAAGACAAGUUUAAGAAUGACGUUUACGGUCAUAUGACAUCAUAGAUGACACAUUUAUUUUAUGAUGGUAUAUAGGUCUUAUUUAUUACUGAUCAUGUGAGGUAUGUUAAGUUAUAUAAAUAAACGUUAGCACAUUUAUCUUAACACACACACAUCAUAAACGUACGAUUUGCAAAAUGAUCACAGGAUCAGCGAUUGGGGUGAUAAGCUCAUCUCUUGCCCAAUUUUGUUAUGAUAUUAAUUAUUUUUUACAAUGAUAAUAAAAUGUGUUGUUUGAUCGAGUAAUGCUGUAUUUCAUUUAACUAAAUAUGUUCACACGAUUACAAUCAUCACCAUGACUAUGAUUUCAAAACUACUGAAUGAUAUUAAUUAUUACACCUCUACUUUAUUUACUCUAUAUAAAAGUAAUUGGUUAAAUCGAAUAU